GGCACACCACACCAAACUGAUGCCAGUAGUGUAUGAACCCAAGAUCAUCGCGACACUUUUGUUCAUGUGCUGGCCGUCGCCGAGCGAUCCGAACCUUCGCGCCCACCCGACACUCUGCCCCGCGCAUCAACACAAGUCGUGCGCCCUGCCUGUCCCAGCACCAUCCGGGGUGUGCAGACCAGUAUAAAGCCGCGCCACAUCUCUGUGCUUCGCCGCACCACCAAUCGACCAACCACCGCACCCUACCGAUCGAUCACUAGCAAGCUCCUUUCCAAGAAGAAGCUCUAGAUAGUAGAUCGAGCGGCAGAUAGCAACAAUGGCGGCGCGGCUGCCUCCGCUGGCUCUGCUCGCGGCGUCCCUCGCCGUCAUGGCGGCCGUCGCGUCGGCCGACUCCUGGCUCUACGAGAAGUUCAACACGGACGGCACCGUCCGCGCGGACUACGACGCGUCGGGCCAGCAGGUCGCCAUGCUCAACCUCGACCGGAGCUCCGGCGCCGGGUUCAACUCCAAGGAGCAGUACCUCUACGGCGAGUUCAGCAUCCAGAUGAAGCUCAUCCCCGGCAACUCCGCCGGCACCGUCUCGUGCUUCUACCUCUCUUCCGGUGACAGCGACGACCACGACGAGAUCGACAUGGAGUUCAUGGGCAACUCGAGCGGGCAGCCGGUGGUGCUCAACACCAACGUGUGGGCCAGCGGCGACGGCAAGAAGGAGCACCAGUUCGACCUGUGGUUCGACCCGGCCGCCGACUACCACACCUACACCAUUGUCUGGAACCCCACCAACAUCCUCUUCAAGGUCGACGGCACCGUCAUCCGCUGCUUCAAGCGCUACGACGACCUGCCCUACCCGAGCUCCAGGCCCAUGGCGCUGCACGCCACGCUGUGGGACGGCAGCUACUGGGCCACCGAGAAGGGCAAGGUCUCCAUCGACUGGGCGGGGGCCCCCUUCGUCGUCUCCUACCGCGGCUACUCCGCCGACGCCUGCGUCAGCGGCGGCGCGUGCCCCGCCGGCAGCGACCGGUGGAUGAACAAGCAGCCCGACGCCGCCGAGUGGGGCACCGUCAAGUGGGCGGAGAGCAACUACAUGCGCUACAACUACUGCGAGGACGGGUGGAGGUUCCCACAGGGGCUCCCCGCCGAGUGCAGCCGCAGCUGAUCGAGCUGAUGAUGAUUCGUCCGCCGUCGGAUCUAUCCAUUGUUAAUAAGCUCUUGAUUUGUUUCUUUUAAUUUUGUUGGAUGUCCGUAUGAUUCUUGAUCUGUGGCUGUGAAUUUGUGAUUAAAAGGAAGCCCCGCAUGGAGCGAGAGAAUACUAGUUUUCUUGUGAAAGAAAAAGCUUUAUUCCUAUUACUUUGGAUAAAGGGGAUACUUCUGUCACUUGUGAGGUU